CGGGCGCCGUUUACCACCAGUGCACCUGUAAAGGAUCUCAGUCGUUUCCUGGUUUAGCUAUCAUCCCAGAUGCUCAUCCUCGUCGUCUCUCUGUUACGUUUCCUCUCACACUGCAUCGCUUAACUGUGUGACUCCGUUGCUUAGUGCUAUGAAUCCGUCGUAUUGCAGUCACUAUACAGUCUUGAUCCUUGCUCUCGCUCAAGAAACGACGUAGCGUUUCGAAAAAUAUUCUUGCAUUGGUGGUGUGCGUGAGUGAGUCUCUGCGUUGUGGAGUUGGAAAUCAGAACUGUGUUGCGUUUGUUCGAGACUGCCGACGCGCCUGCCAAGAGAGGGUGCUUUCCGGAGACUGUUGGCGAUGAGUCUCAAUGAUGUGUUUGCUUUGCGCGGUGAGCCUGGGUGGAUGAACCAGCGCCAAAGUCCUUACGGAUUUGGAGGGAAUUCACCGAGGACGGAAAUGAGAGUCGUCAUAUGCUGCAACAAAUGCGAGGAAAAAGUUCGGGAGGAAAUCAGUGAAGUGUAUGGUGUUGAAGAGAUUUUCAUAGAUCCAACACGUUCGGAGGUUGUUGUAUAUGGCUAUGCGGACAAGCACGAUGUCCUGAAGAAGGCGAGGAAGAUGGACAAAAGAGCGGACAUAAUGUCGUCCGAUUCAUUCACACUUCACCAUGAUAGACACAGUAAACAUCACAAGCACCACAAAAACAGGUUCAGCAAUUUCUUCGGUCAAAGCCACGGCCACAGCAACUACAGCAGAGGAAAGCACAUGCCUAUAUUUGAAGUGACUGGUAGUCCCCGCUACAACACCAGCUUAAACCAGUCCAGCUCUUAUGACAACCGCUUCAACCGCCUUGAUGGUGGUUACGACAUGCCCGACUACCGAUCGAGGCAAACAAGAGAGUUCAGACUCGAUUACAGGCCCGAUCCUAUGUACAGGCAGAUGCACAGUGGCUACCGAUCUGAGCCAGAGACAAGACAUCGGUACAACGGUUAUGGAUCUAGCGAAUACCGACACGAACACGACCACGGAUAUGAAUACAAUGGGUACAGGCCAAACCAGAGAUAUCCUCCGAGCUAUGUUGAAAGAGAGGACCGAGACUCUCCAUAUCCGGAGGCCGUCAUGAACCCCGCCUACAUCAAGCAGAUGGGCUACUACUGAUUUCUAAAAUUCUUCGCCAUGCGAGUUUCAGAGUCUUGUACAACAGGGAAGGUGUAUAAAGCGACAUAUAUAGGGAGCACACACACACUCACACAAGAAAAGAGUUAAGAAGUUUGUGAUGCUAUGAGGUCCAGAACUUGCGGACAGAACAGCCAUGGCAGUAUUUCUUUUUUGUCUUAUACUCUUAUGUGCUUAGGCUGGAAUAUCAUGCUGUCCAUGAACUUAGAAAGAAAAAAAUAAAAUAAAAAAAAAAUGUCGGAUUAGGUAUCCAAUGGGAGGUAGAGUCCAAGUUUGUUGAUUGUUUGCUCGAAGCUGGAACCUGUUACAUGCCCCGAGAGGUCAAAGGUUGGCUCGGCUUCUGAUUUUGUACUUGCUAACUUGAAACCAUACCCGGAAAUACUAAAAAUUGUACAUCAA